AUGAAUGUGGACAGAUGGGCCAUUCCAAUUGUACCUUCAACAUCGUUAACUGUAGUAAAAGAUCCUGUGGUUAUUGAAGAGUAUAACGCCGUUGUUCCAUCGUCAAUAGUAACUGAUAGUACAGAAAGUAUUCAAAGAAAUGAAACUGAACAACACGUUGAUAAUAAUGAAAAACAUUCGAAAUCGAUUCAUUUAACGGUUCAACAACAACAACAACAACAACAACAACCAUCGCAGACAAACGGCAUCGUAUCAACAGAUCCUCCUGCAAUACAUUCUCCAUCGAAUCCAUUUGUUAAACGAGUUGAGCCAACAGAUAUGCCUCGAGGACGAUCACCACAUCGUUAUAAUAAUAAAAAGUCUUUGCCGAUAAAUGAUCGAACUCAUGCUCAAUAUCGUGCAUAUCUACAAAAUGCUCCAAUAAAACAAGUUAAACAUCCAGCUGAUCGUAGUUCAUUUAUCUUAUUUCUAAAUAAAAUAUCAUCAUUUUGUUUCAUAGUAUUUUUAUCAAUACCUUGUGUUUUAUUGCUAACUAUCUUUUUACCCAUAUCUUUUUUAUUUCGAACAUUAUUUCGUCUUGUUUGUACAUACCGAUGUACAUGUCGACCAUGUUUAUGUCAAUUUUUAUCAUCAAACGAUUUAUUUUGGUUUUAUGAAACAAUAAAUAAUCAACCAAAUGCAGCAGCCAUUUUUAUUCUAGAAGGUUCAAUUAAUGAAAAUUCAUUAAAAAAAUUAUUAAUAAAUCGUUUAGUAACAACAAAUACUCGUCGUGGUAGUGAUCAUAAACUUUAUCCACGUUUUUCUCAAUUAGUUGUUUCAUCAUUUGCCGGUAUUAUGUGGAUUGAUAAUCCAAAAUUUUCUAUAGAUGAUCAUGUUAGAGAAAUUCCACGUAAUGUUCAAACAGAACCCGAUUUAGAAUUAUAUAUGAAUCAAAUAAUGUCAACUGAAUUAAAUCAUCAUAAACCAUUAUGGGAAAUUCAUUAUAAAAAUCGUUUUAAUAAUAGUAAUGAUAGUAUUAUUAUAUUUCUUUAUCAUCCAUGUAUAUCAGAUGGUAUUUCAUUGAUACGUAUUUUAUUAAAAAAUAUUAUCGAUAAUCGUACAACACAAUUGGAUAUUAAACCACGUUAUGCUAGUAGACGUUUACCAUUUGAUUAUAUUAAAGCAUUUUUAUUUGGCUAUUUAAUUUUAUUUAAAAAAUUAUUUAUAAAUGAUUCUUAUAAUCUACUUAAAUUACCAAUGACAUGUGGACAAAAAAAUAUUUCAUGGUCAACACCAUUUUCAUUGGCAAGUAUUAAUCGAAUGAAAUUGGUAACACGUACAAAAAUGAAUGAUUUAUUAUCAACAUUAGUUAUAACAUGUGUCAAUUUAUAUAUGGAACAUCAUGGUAUUCAUAAUUCACCCGAUAUGAAUUGUAUUAUACCAUUUGAUUUAAGAAAAAAUAAACAACGUAUAGCAAUGGGAAAUUAUAUAGCACAUGUUCGAGUAAAAAUACCGGUGAAUAUUGAAGGAAAUAUACCAAGAUUAUGGGCAUUUCAUGAUUGUAUGAAAAAUGUCAAACAUCGAUCAGAAUAUGCCACUAUGUUUCUAUUUAUAAAAUUAACCUAUAUACUAUUUCCUUUACGCAUAGCGAAUAGAAUAAUUGCUCGUGUAUACAAUAAUGCUAGUUUUUGGUUAAGCACAAUCGCUGCUGGAAACAGUACAGCAUUAGCAACAAUGUCUAUUUUAAAUAAAGAUGUUCGAAGUUAUAUUUGUCUUAGUCCUUCGGUUGGAUCGUGUACUAUUAGUUUUUGUGUUACAACAUAUUCGGAUGAAAUACGCUUAGCUGUAAUUGCCGACUCAAAUAUUAUGCCCGAUACCAAAUUUAUAACAAAAUGUUUUAUUGAACAAUUAGAAGUUGUUCGAGAUUUAUUAUCCCAUCGUCGUAUACCUGGUGAAAUUCGUCGAAUAACUAGACCAACACGUAUUAUGCCUGCAAAAAAGAGUAUUAGUAGCAUUUCAGAAAUAUCAGAUGAUUUAUCUAUAGAAGAGAUUCAAGCUAAAAUGACAACGCUUCAACAAGAAUUAUUGUCAUUAAAAAGUCAAUUUGAAAAUGUGGAUGGAAAUGAUCCAAAUUUUCAAACUCAACGAUUGAUUAUAACAGCAAAAUUAGAAGAAUUAAGAAAAGAAUUUAGAGAAUUGUUAAUUAAACUUCAAGAAAGACAAUGUGAAUUGAGUGGUAUGAUACCGAGUGAUGAAGAAGAUGAAAUGGAUCAAGAUGUACGAGUUCGACUACGAUCGGCGUCGGUUGCAUCACGUAUAUCUGUAAGAUCGAACAGAGAACCGCUGACAGCCAGAAUAUAUCAAUUAGAAAAAGAGGAGAACAGUGAUCAUCAUGAUCGAAAUUCUUCAACAUCAUCAAAAAUGAGUCUAGCAGCACAACUUGGAGUUCAGGCUGGCCUACGUCGUGCACAAUCCGUAUCUAUUUGUGAAAAUUAUCGUGUCGAUAAACGACCCUCAAUCAGUAUCGCACAUCCAACAUCGCCGAGUAAAAUACCAGUUUCUACAGAAUUAUGCAAACCUGGAAAUACGAGAGAUAAUCCAUAA